AGAGUUGAGAUAUCUGAAAAAUACCUUACAACUUUUAGAAAGGGAAAGAAGGGCCAGCCACAACACUAUUUGCUCUUUUACAAAACCUGCAAUCAAUUUUCUCAUCUAACAUAUUCAAUAACCCAUUUGGCUACCAGCGAUCACGUUCAAAGAACCCCACAGCUAUAAAAGUAGCAAAGGAAAGCAUUCCUACCCAUUAUCAGCGGAGCUCUCCAUGUAAAAGUUCUUCCCUCUUACUCUUAUUUCUAGCUUCUCAACUUGAGCCUGACUCUUUCUUAGUAACCCUGCCAAAGUGAAAAAUUAAUGGAGCAGGACAUGUCUCCAUCCGUAGCUGAUGAACAAAGAUGGGUUCAUGACUCAUCUGUUGAUCAUAGAGGAAAGGUCCCUCUUAGAGCUUCAACUGGUGCGUGGAAGGCCUCUCUCUUUAUCAUCGCAAUUGAAUUCAGUGAGAGGCUAACCUACUUUGGAAUAGCAACAAAUCUCAUUACAUACCUCACCAUCGUGCUUCAUCAAGACCUCAAAACAGCUGCAAAAAAUGUCAACUACUGGACAGGAACCACAACAAUAAUGCCUCUAGCUGGAGGCUUCUUAGCAGAUGCCUACACAGGUCGCUUUGCCAUGAUCCUGUUCUCAUCCCUCAUUUAUCUAAUGGGCUUGAGCCUCUUUGCAAUGUCUCAGUUGAUUCCAAGCUUAAAGCCAUGCGAUGAAGGCAUGUGUCAACAUUCUCAACACCCGAGAACAAUACAUGAAGUAGUGUUCUUUAUAGCAAUAUACUGUAUCUCCCUUGGGACUGGAGGAUUCAAACCCUGCCUUGAAAGCUUUGGAGCCGAUCAGUUUGAUGAUGAUCACUUGGAAGAAAGGAAGAAGAAAAUGUCUUUCUUCAACUGGUGGAAUUUUUCACUGUGUUGGGGAUUGUUGCUUGGUGUCACAGUCAUUGUCUACGUUCAGGAAAAAGUGAGCUGGGGUGUUGCAGCCCUUAUCCUCACUACCACCAUGGCUGUUACAAUCUUGAUCUUCUUUGUGGGGAACCGUUAUUACCGAUACAGGUUACCAGAAGGGAGCCCUUUAACUCCUCUCUUGCAGGUUUUGGUUUCAGCUAUAAGGAAGAGAAAGUUACCUAACCCUUCCAACCCAUCCCUGCUAUAUGAAGUCCCCCGAACAGAGAAGUCCCAAGGAAGGCUUUUGCGCCAUACCAAUAGGCUUAGAUUUCUAGACAAAGCUGCAAUAAUGGAAGACAAGGAAAACACAUCAUCUCAGAAGACCCAGAAUCCAUGGAAACUAGCAACAGUGACGAAAGUGGAGGAACUGAAGCUUGUUUUGGGGAUGAUGCCCAUUUGGCUUUCUUCCUUGAUUUUUGGAGUAUGCAUGAUGCAAGCACCCACCUUUUUCGUUAAACAGGGCGCCACGAUGAACCGGAGGAUCAGCAAAAACUUUGAUAUUCCGGCAGCCUCUGUUUACGGUCUUAACGCGAUCGGAGUGAUAAUUUCUGUCUCCAUCUAUGACAAAUUCAUAGUCCCAUUUCUGAGGAAAGUUACAGGAGAUGAAAGAGGCAUCAAAAUCCUCCAAAGGAUUGGUUUUGGAAUGAUAUUCGCCAUUUUAACCAUGGUAGUUGCAGCCCUGGUUGAAAUGAAGAGGCUAAAAACUGUAGAAGAGGAGAUUACUCGAGGAAGAAGAAAAGGGCCAAUCUCCAUGAGUGUGUUUUGGCUAGCUCCACAGAACCUGAUUCUUGGGAUAGGAGACGGGUUUACUCUGGUUGGAUUGCAGGAGUACUUCUAUGAUCAAGUUCCUGACUCCAUGAGAAGCUUGGGAAUUGCCUUCUACCUCAGUGUAAUUGGGGUUGGGAGCUUCAUGAGCAACUUCCUGAUCAUUGUUGUGGAUCAUAUUACAGAAAAGGGUGGGAAAAGCUGGAUUGGAAAAGAUCUGAACAACAGCCGUCUGGAUAAUUUCUACUGGUUGUUGGCUGCUUUGAGUGCACUGAAUUUAUGUGUUUAUGUGUUCUUGGCUAGGAAAUAUACUUACAAAAAUGUAGAGAGAAAAGGGGUUACGGUUGAUUGUCAUGCAGAAGGUAAUCAACACCGGAUUGAGUCAAUUGCAUAAGUCUUUCUUAGGCAAUAAAGUACUACUGGGUAUUAGAAAAAAAAAAAGUGCAACUGGGUAUCUGGAACCCAGAAAGGAAAAGGUGAAAUGCAUUAAUUCUUGUGUGAAUAAUUAGUGUUUUUAACUUUCGUGUACUGCUUGUUUUAAGAUAAUAUUAAAAAGUGGCCUUUUAA